GGGCAGGCUGGGUGUUGGCUUGUCCUUGCCCGAGUUGCCGGACGCGGCGACAUGUUCCCCGCCAGGAUCUGCUCGCUGCUCCGUCCCGCCGUGGUGGCCCGGGUCCGGCCGGCGCUCGCCAGGGGCUAUGCCGAGGCGGCGCCGGCUUCCGCUGUCAAGAUGUCCUUUACCUUCGCCUCUCCGACCGAGGUGUUUUACAAUGAAGCCAGUGUUAAACAAGUAGAUGUUCCAACGCUGACUGGAAGCUUUGGUAUUCUACCAGCUCAUGUACCCACGCUGCAGGUGCUAAAACCUGGAGUUGUCACUGUUUUCGAUGAAGAGGGUGUUCAGACCAAGUAUUUUGUGAGCAGUGGUUCUGUGACAGUGAAUGCAGACUCCUCAGUUCAGCUUUUAGCUGAAGAGGCAGCAGCCUUGGAGAACUUGGAUGUCACUGCUGCAAAGGCCAACCUGGAAAAGGCUAACGCUGAACUUUCAUCUGCCACUGAUGCGGUAGAACGAGCGGAAGCCUUAAUUAGUAUAGAAACCAAUGAAGCAAUCAUAAAAGCACUGGAAUAGCUUGACUUUUGGGAUGAAGAAAAUGUCAUGAAACUGCUCGACCAUUUGGGAAGAAGACCAACACUUUGUACAGUAAAAUGGCUUGAAUUUAUCUGAAUAAAUAUAUAAAAACUUA